GAGGUCUGGGCUGCGCUCAGGGCGAAACACCGGCUCCAGGGAGGGGUGGCAGUGCCCGCCCAUGCCACCCCUCCCUGCCUCCUGGAACGAGGAAGAGUCUUCCGACACUUUCAGCCGUCACUCGGCAGCCUAACUCCCCACUGGCAUCAUUCCCUCGCCCCGUGUCCCCGGGUGCAGGGCCCUCCCCAGGUGGGCAGUGGAGGUGCUGGCUCUGGACAUGGCUGGGCAGAGAGGAGCUGGGCUGCUCCUUCCUCUGCUGCUGCUGAGCCUUGACGUGCUGGAUCUCGCGCUGGAGACCACAACACUGCUGCCUACCAGUGACUCCACCAUCACAGCCACCGUUCCUCCCUUCAGCUCUGAAACCUUCACUCCAGAGGUGCCAAUGGAUGCUAGGGCUGCCACACCUCGGGGGAGAAGCCCAGCUGCCUCCAUCACUCCAACCCCACAGGCAAUGGGCAGCCCAGCCCACAGCACCUCUGGGUCUCCUGCCAACACCACGGUGGAGCCUAAGCUCACCCCAACAGGGCUGGGGCUCACCACCGGCACCCCAGCUCCAACUUUCAUGGCCAUGACAACCAACUGUGCUGCUGAGACGACCAUCGUCACGUCUGUGGGGACAAGCACGGCCCUGUCUCUCAGCUCUUCUGGAGUGGAAAUUAACCCGCUGACUGCCCCCACCUCUGCUUCUACUCCCCGGCCCUCGGUGGGCACCCCGCUUGGCACCAGCACGUCACCAGGGCCCAGCAGCUCCUCUUCUCCCACUGCUGCGGCACCGACCGCCGCUUCAGACGAGCCCUCCGCGACCCCGCCGAACACCGUAACAAACACGGAGGUACCCGGGAGGUACCCUGCAUCCAGCCAGCCGGCCGAGACCAGCCCUGGUGCCGCCACCCCGGCAGCCCCCGAGACCACCGCGGGUGAGUGCAGCUCCCGUGCCCAAGCCGGGCGGGGACGGCGGCACCAAGAACCGGGCACGGAGAGGAAAUGCCUGCAAGCACCUCCGACUGGUCUUGACCCUGACCCCAAGACGAAGGAAGUGGCUCUGACUGUCAGCAGCAUGCUUCAUCCGUGA